UGCGGCGGAGAGCGCGCCUCGCGCGGCCGUGCGCCGUUUGCCCUUCGGCCUGGGUGGUGCGGCCGCCGCCCGCCCCGCACCAUGCGACUCCUUGGCUGGUGGCAGGUACUCCUAUGGGUGCUGGGGCCUCCGGCCCGCGGCCAGGAAGUUGCAGAGAGCAGAUGGUCAGAGGAGCAGCCCGCGUACCCCUUCCAGGUCGGGGCUGUGUACCUGGGUGAGGAGGAGCCGGCAGGGGACCCGGCGGGCCCGGACGCGGCCGCAGAAGAGGCCGCUGUGCUGGGGCUGGAAGCCGAUGGCGACCGCGUGGUGAUGUUGUCGGUGAUUCCCGGGGAAGCCGAGGACAACCUGAGCCCGGAGCCCGGCGGCGGCGGCACCUGCGGGGCCGGAGGGCAGGAGGACUCGAGGUGCCAUCUCCGGGAGAGCCUCUUCUCUCUGGACAGCUCUGGAAGCUUCCCCGAGAGGGAGGAGGAGUACUACACGGAGCCCGAAGUGGCGGACUCCGACCCCGCCCCCGCGGAGGACGCCAACGCCACCGAGAGCCUGAAACCGCCCAAGGUCACCUGCGAGGAGCGGAAUGUGUCGGGCUUGGAAAACUUCACUCUGAAAAUUUUGAAUGUGUCACAGGACCUUAUGGAUUUUCUCAACCCCAACGGUAGUGACUGCACGCUAGUCCUGUUUUACACCCCUUGGUGCCGAUUUUCCGCCAGUUUGGCCCCUCAUUUUAAUUCUCUACCCCGGGCCUUUCCAGCUCUUCAUUUUUUGGCACUGGAUGCAUCUCAGCACAGCAGCCUCUCUACGCGGUUUGGCACCGUAGCCGUUCCUAACAUCUUGUUAUUUCAAGGUGCUAAACCAAUGGCUAGAUUUAACCACACAGACCGAACACUGGAAACGCUGAAGAUCUUCAUUUUUAACCAGACGGGCAUAGAAGCCAAGAAAAAUGUGGUGGUAACUCAAGCUGACCACAUAGGCCCUCUUCCCAGCACUUUGAUAAAAAGUGUGGACUGGCUGCUCGUAUUUUCCUUAUUCUUUUUAAUUAGUUUUAUUAUGUACGCUACCAUUCGAACGGAGAGUAUUCGGUGGCUAAUUCCGGGACAAGAGCAAGACCAUGUGGAAUAGCGACAGACUGAGGGGAGAGUUGGGAAGAAGAAUUUCCAGCCUUCAUUUCAGAAAUUAAUGCUGCAAUCGCAUACAUUUUUCUCCAGUGAAGUGUUGACUUACCACGUCCGUCGGAGGACAGGAAUCAUGCAUUUGUUGAACUCUGGAACGUGUCAAGAACUUAUCCACUGGUGUUUUAGCUGGUACUGCAAUAAGCAGAUGCAAAAAUGGUCAGUAGAAAUCACCGUUCAUGUUUCUGCUGCUUGAACAUAACGCCGUGUUUUAAGGGAGUGAUCCAGUUGGACACGGGAAGAUGUGUUCUCGUGGAAGAGUGAGUAGAGUGACAGGAUGCUCCCUAGAGAGGGGCAGGAAUGAGACUUUCAGGUACCGUUUUAGAAACUCUGUGUAUAUCUAAGAGGGUUGGUUUUCUGUUCAUCCACCAAUUCUUUCUCAGAGUCGGUAAGCAGGAAAGUGUUCUGUCAUGGGAAGAAUAACUCGAAUUGGUAAGUGUGACCUUAGAAGUAGCACCGGAUGGGAAAAUAAAAAGAUACCUUGGCAUUCAUGAUCUCUGA